AUGUCAGAUACCGCAGGAGCAGCCAUUGUUCCACUCUCUAAGGGGUUCGGAUAUGGCAUCAUCCUCGGCCUGGGGUUUGCUUUUGCCUUGGGUAUGAUUGGGACGACAUGGGCGCUGAAACGAUAUCAUGGAGAAGUUCAAACAUCUGAAGAAUUCUCGACGGCAGGAAGAACCGUGAAAUCAGGUCUCGUGGCCGCGGCUGUGGUGUCCAGCUGGACAUGGGCCGCUACCUUGCUCCAAUCUUCCGGUGUGGCCUAUUCGUAUGGUGUUUCUGGCCCAUUUUGGUACGCCUCGGGAGCCACUGUUCAGAUCUUGCUGUUUGCAACUUUGGCCAUCGAAUUAAAGAGGCGUGCACCCAACGCACACACGUUUCUUGAAGUGAUCAAAGCCAGAUACGGCGUGGUAACUCACAUUGUCUUCCUGGUUUUCGGCCUCAUGACGAACAUCCUCGUAACGGCUAUGCUUUUGACUGGAGGCAGUGCUGUAGCCAGCUCUCUCUGUGGAGUACCCACGGCCGCUGCCUGCUUCCUCCUCCCUGUGGGCGUCGUAUUGUACACGAUGUUCGGCGGGAUCAAAGCAACUUUCUUGACGGAUUAUAUCCAUACAGUUAUUAUCUUGGUCAUUAUCUUCGUGUUUGCAUUCAGCGCUUAUGCCACAAAUGAGGUUGCCGGCUCACCAGGAAAAGUAUGGGAACUUCUUGUGGAUGCUUCCAGACGACAUCCCGUGUCAGGUAACAAAGACGGUAGCUAUCUGACUAUGCGAAGUCAAGAGGGAGCUAUAUUUUUUGUGAUCAACAUUGUCGGCAAUUUUGGGACUGUGUUCUUGGACAACGGCUACUAUAACAAAGCCAUCGCCGCCUCGCCAGUCGACGCACUGCCUGGGUAUGUGAUGGGCGGUCUUUCGUGGUUCGCAAUCCCCUGGCUUUGUGCUACGACUAUGGGACUUGCUGCUCUUGCCCUCGAGAACAACCCCGUCUUCCCGACCUACCCGAACCGCAUGUCCCACGCCGAUGUCAGUGCAGGACUGGUCCUCCCCUAUGCCGCCGUCGCUCUGCUCGGAAAAGGUGGAGCUGCCGCCACUCUUCUCCUGGUCUUCAUGGCCGUGACCUCAGCCUCGUCUGCAGAGCUGAUUGCGGUCUCGUCGAUUUGGACCUACGAUAUCUAUCAGACGUACAUCAACCCCAAGGCCUCGGGGAAGUUCUUGAUCCGAAUGUCUCACGCUGCCUGUAUUGUCUACGCUAUCUGCCUCGCCUCCUUUUCGACCGGAUUGUUCUAUGCCGGUGUUAGCAUGGGCUACCUCUACCUUCUUAUGGGUUGUAUCAUCAGCAGUGCGGUCAUCCCAGCCACUCUGGCGCUGAUGUGGAAGGACCAGAAUUGGCAAGCCGCCGCCGGUGCCCCUGUGCUGGGCUUCGCAUGUGCCUUGAUCGCCUGGCUCGUCACAGCCAAGAGGGAGUGUGGUGUACUGAACGUCGACUGCACAGGCUCCAACAACCCCAUGUUGGCGGGCAACGUCACCGCAUUGCUCAGCCCGCUAGUCUUCGUCCCCAUCCUUACUUUCGCUUUCGGUCGACAGAACUAUGACUGGCAGUCGAUGAAGAAGAUUCGCAGGGGCGAUGACUCUGAAAUCAUCCGCCGCGCCAGCGUGGACACAGAGAUCCAACGCGAGAUUGCGGCGAGGACAGCCGAACAGGAAGCCGCCGAACAGACCAAGCUCAACAAGGCGGCCAUCAUCUCGCGCAGCUUGACCGGCUUCAUGACCAUUGCCAUGUUGGUGUUGUGGCCCAUGCCCAUGUACGGGACCGGGUACAUCUUCUCCAAGAAGUUCUUUACUGGCUGGGUCGUGGUCGGCAUCCUCUGGCUCUUCUGCAGCUCGUUCUGCGUCGGCCUAUUCCCUCUCUGGCAAGGCCGCAAGACCAUGGCGCACACGGUCAAGUCCAUCUUCCUGGACAUCGCGGGAAAGAGAGGACCGGCGUUGCACGGACGCCCUGCCGAGGUCGAAGGCGACGAGUCGAGUGGACAACAGACACCGGAUGGUGAAGAGAAAGUCGUCAUGAAGGGCGAGUAA